UUUCGGGUCCGGUUGGGACCAUGCCAUUGGUCAACUUUUGGUCGAUGUGGUGUGGCCUGGCCAUGGCGCUUAAGUGAGAAGUCACAUUGGAGAACGUUUACGACCAUUGACAACUGUUUUCGUCCUACACUGCCCAAUGUUCAUUGUCAGUACUAAAAUUUACCGAUAUGCCCUUAACUGCACAAGAGAGAACCGCUUUGAAAUAUCUGCCCAAGCGUAUCCAGCGCUCAACAGACGGAGCCCUGGAAGGCGUGGUGCAUGAUGUCCGCAAACUCUACCAUUGGGUCGAUAAUUCCACCGAUGUCGAUGCGAACAUGACUUUACUCCCCAUCUUUUACGCUCAUCUGGACCCAGCUGUGAUACCCGAUCAACCUCUGCCGACUGAUGAUGUACAGAAAGUCGUCAUACUGGCCAAAUUAUCAUUGAUGAGUAUCGUACAAACGUGUGCUAGCGUGCGUGGAGUUCUCAGCGAAAGUCUCGCGGACAAGAUGAUUACAGAUGCACUGGUGCGACGUUGGGACACUCUUUUUCCAUGGCUACAGUUCAUGUAUCGGCAUUUUCUACCUUUCCCGCCUCGGAGGGUUCCAGAAGGUUUCGACAUCUGCGAUGUGGAGGUAGUCUCCAUCACAACUCGUGCCCUCUCGCAAAUGGCAAUCUCCGUCGCAGGACAGCACCUGAUCCAGUCAAACAUGUCUAUUCAACAGUUCAUUGCAAAGCUAUGGCUUUAUAUCGGGAAAUUGAGGGAUGAGGAUUUGCUCCGGCAUGACGCAUCUUUUCGGCAUGACGGGAGGGAGGGCGUCAAUGAUGAGAUGACGGGACACGUGAGGAGGAUUAUGGUCGGAAUCCUUACAGCAUGCAUGCCUGUGGCGCUUCCGGCACCAUUUGCUGUGCCUACUCUGCAUAACCUGCUCGACGCAAUGGGUGGAUACGAACCAUUCGUAGCGUCGGCACUACGAUAUAUUCGGUGGUUCGGGAGGAAGAUCGGUGACAUGAACAAUCGCACGACUCCAAAUUAUGGCAUCAUGGACGCUACGUGCCAAGAAGAGCUCAUCUUGCACCGCGCACCUUCGGAUGUUGUGACAGCUUUACUUCAAACAUGGCCGGUUCUCACUGGUGUGAGGGUCAAGUCUUCGACGGAAACCUCGACUGAAAAAAGAUGCACUAUGAUCCUGGAGGAUACUUUCGAUUAUAUAGAUGUGAUCCUGCGUCAAUCAGAGGCGUGCAUUCCGGCUCUAUGUCAGGUCCUCGAUGCUGGAUUUAUCCAGCUGGUGCUGCAAGCUGGGUUCCGCUGCCCGCAGAUGGCCUCUGGUGUCCUCAAGCUCAUUCCGCGAUUUCUGAUGUACCAUAAAGUAUUACACCACUUCCAAAAAGUAAUGGAACAAACUGCCAAUAACAUGGCUCGUUUUGGACCUCAAGCGAAGAAAGACGAUGAAGUGCAACAGACAUGGAUUUUAGUCCAGCAAGCGGCCCGCCAGAUACUCAAUGUCUGCAGGAAAACCAGUCCAUUGCCUUUUUACGAACAAAAGUGUGCGAAUUUACAGUGUCCGUAUGACAACAAUAGACCACCGCACUAUCGGUGCUGUGGGUGUUUCGUCGCGCGAUAUUGUUCCCGGGGUUGCCAGAGAACAGAUUGGAAAAGCAGACAUCGUACUGCAUGCCCUGUCCUCCAUUCGGCUGGUGGUUUUGACGGGUCCAAAUGCAUUCGUGGUAGCCUUCCUCUCAUCAUGCUUGUGGAAACGUUCAACUAUUCGCUAUACGCUGACCGAAUACAAGAAGCCAUGGAACAAGCACGAAAGGACUACCCAGAGGAUAUUGAACGUUUAGUUUUGGAAACAGAUCUUUCAGCUUACCCGGUCACUUUCUCUGCACGACCAGUUGAACAAUAUGCUGAUAUAUUCGACCCCCGAUUUGAUCCCGCCAUGCUCAAGGAGCUAAGGGGAUUACCUGGAAAGCAUCUCCUGAUGGCCCUCAAACUCAGAGCAGGCCGAGAGGAAUGCAUAGUACUCAGUCCGAGGGUGGGUCUUACACUAGCUUUCCAGUGGCCGGCUGCCAGGGAAGAAGAAGCAGUAUUGUCUGCUGUUCAAGAAGCGCUGGUUUCACGCCUCGCAGUAGGCCCAGGUAACGUAAUCAAAAGGGGAGAUGGCUUCAAAGUGGUAGAAUACAGGCAGCCACCGAUCACCCAGCCCAUUUAAUGGAUAAUUUGUAUUUGCUCGUUGACUUUUGCUCGGCAGUGGUGACCCGAUGGCAUUGUUCAAACGACGUUCGGAGGCUAGUGCCCGCUUCCCGUAUGUAAAACAGUCGCAAUAGUGUAUACAACGCGGUAU